AUGUUGAGAGACCCAGUGUCCAGAUACCUAAGUGAAUGGAAACAUGUCCAGAGAGGCGCAACCUGGAAGGCAUCCCUCCAUGUUUGUGAUGGAAGAAGCCCCACCCCAGAUGAGCUGCCAACAUGUUAUCUUGGAGAUGACUGGUCUGGAGUCACACUCCGAGAAUUCAUGGACUGUAGCUACAACCUAGCCAACAAUCGCCAAGUCCGCAUGCUAGCAGACCUUAGCCUUGUUGGCUGUUACAAUUUAACUUUUAUGAAUGAAAGUGAAAGGAAUGACAUUCUUCUACAGAGUGCCAAAAAUAAUCUUAAAAAUAUGGCCUUUUAUGGCUUAACUGAAUUUCAAAGAAAAACACAAUACCUAUUUGAGAGGACAUUCAAUCUCAAGUUUAUUUCACCAUUUACGCAGUUCAAUACUACCAGGGCUUCAAAUGUGGACAUUGAUAAAUGGUCUCGUGAAAGAAUAAAGGAACUUAAUUAUUUGGACAUGCAACUGUAUGAAUAUGCUAAGGACCUUUUUCUACAACGUUUCCAGUACACCAGACAAUUAGAACAUCAGAGGAAAAGAGAAAAGAGAAAGGAGGAAAGAAGACUUCUUAGAGAACAUAAAUCCCACAUUCUGCACAAGGAAGAAAGAUCAUCAGAAAUUGCCACAACUGAAGAUUAUAAUAGUCAAGUGGCAAGAUGGUGA